AAUAAAUAAAUAAAACAGAGGAAGACAAAAUAUCCCCCCCUUUUUUUUUUUGGGAAAAAAAAUAAAAUUGGAGAUUGCAGUUUCGAUUUCGAAGUGGUAUGGUAGCAACGUCGGAAGGAGAACUGAGAGUUGAAUCGUAGCUGGAUUCUGGUUUUAAUUUAUAUAUAUAUAUUUUUUCCUGAUUAAAACGAUGUCGUCGCCAGACAUUGCAGCAAUCGUGGAGAGCUCGAAAGAUCUGGAUCGGGUAAGGAAAGAUCAGGAGGAUGUUUUGGUGGAAAUCAACAAGCUUCACAAGAAGCUUCAAAAUACUCCUGAAGUGGUAGAGAAGCCUGGGGAUAGCUCAUUAGCAAGGCUUAAAGUGUUGUACACUCAAGCCAAAGAUCUUUCUGAUAAUGAAGCAAAUAUUUCCAGUAUGUUGAUAAACCAACUUGAUACCCUACUGCCUCCGGGACCACAAGGGCAACCACGAAGAAGAAUAGGUUUUACAUAUGUUACAGAAGGUAAUGAGCAGAAAAGGAAACGAGUAAAGACCGAGUCAGACAUUUCAAGACGAAAUCAACUUGAGUACCUUGCCAGUCUUAAGGGUGAACAGGUAGCAGCUAGGGUCACACCACGUAAUGCUGAUAAGGAUGAAUGGUUUGUUGUAAAAGUGAUUCAUUUUGAUAAGGAAUCAAAGGAAUUUGAAGUACUAGAUGAGGAACCUGGUGACGAUGAAGAGGGCAGUGGCCCAAGACAAUACAAGCUUCCCAUGGGAAAUAUCAUUCCUUUUCCCAAGAGUAAUGAUCCUUCUAGUGCCCAAGAUUUCCCUCCUGGAAAACAUGUUUUGGCAGUCUAUCCAGGAACCACUGCACUUUAUAAAGCAACAGUUGUUCAUGGCGGCCAUCGCAGGAGGAAGACAGAUGAUUAUGUAUUGGAAUUUGAUGAUGAUGAAGAAGAUGGAUCUUUACCUCAAAGGACAGUGCCCUUCCACAAAGUGGUUGAUCUGCCAGAAGGACAUCGCCAAUGAGUAUAAGCAAAUUAUAGUUGUGUAAUGUGUAUAAAGUAGAAACUGGCCUAUUGCGUUAUGUAACGGUUGUAUAAUAUGGUCCAUGAGUUUUUAUGGUUGUGUAAUAUGUAAGAACGACAUUGCAGUCUAAUUCCAUGUACCUAAGACUGACACUGCAGUUUAAUUUAAUGUUACGUAGGAAUGAUAAAAUAUCU